UCGAUUCAAAGCCUCGGUAAGACGAAGAGAACCGAGCUCUGAAAGCAGGAUGAGGGAGGGGGAGCAACUAGGAGGAUGGAAAGAACCAAUUGGUGCCGAUGUGGAGACGGAAACACCCGAGAAUUUCCGGAGGAACCCGGGGAGUUCUGAGUGGUAAUCGAGGGGUUGACUAUGGAAGUGGGCGGGGCCAACUCGGUACGUUCGAAGGGCGUUGGCGGAAAUUACCGAAGAUGCCCGAAGCCGUCGGGACGGACCCGAGUACCUCACGCAAGAUGGCGGAGCUGGAGGAGGUGACUCUGGACGGGAAGCCUCUUCAGGCGCUGCGGGUGACCGACCUGAAGGCCGCACUGGAGCAGCGAGGCCUAGCCAAGAGCGGGCAGAAGAGUGCCCUGGUCAAGCGGCUCAAAGGGGCUCUAAUGCUAGAAAAUUUACAGAAACACUCAACACCCCAUGCUGCAUUCCAGCCAAAUUCCCAGAUUGGCGAGGAAAUGAGCCAGAACAGUUUCAUAAAGCAGUAUCUGGAAAAGCAGCAGGAGCUGCUUAGGCAGCGUCUGGAACGUGAAGCUCGAGAAGCUGCAGAACUUGAAGAAGCUUCAGCUGAGUCGGAGGACGAGAUGAUCCAUCCCGAGGGAGUGGCUUCCCUGCUGCCUCCUGACUUUCAGAGCAGCCUGGAGAGACCAGAGCUGGAGCUCAGCAGACAUUCACCCAGAAAAAGCGCCUCUAUUUCCGAAGAGAAAGGUGAAUCUGAUGAUGAGAAACCAAGGAAAGGAGAAAGACGAUCAUCCAGAGUCAGACAGGCAAGAGCAGCUAAACUUUCUGAGUGUAGCCAGGCUGCUGAGGAGGAAGAGGAUCAAGAAACACCUUCCAGAAAUCUGAGGCUCAGAGCAGAUCGAAAUUUGAAAACUGAAGAGGAAGAAGAAGAGGACGAGGAAGAGGAAGAAGAGGAGGAAGAGGAGGAAGACGAUGAUGAGGGACAAAAAUCUAGGGAUGCACCAGUCCUGAAGCAGUUUAAGGAAGAAGAGGGGGAAGAGAAGCCCAGUGUAAAAGUUGAGGAGGUAAUGGAUGAGAGAUCCCAAACUAUAAGAUCCCAGGAACAGGAGGGGUUAGAGAGAGGAGGGAGAGUUACAAGGUCCCAGGAAGAGGCCAGAAGAAGUCAUCUGGCCAGACAUCAGCAGGAGAAAGAGAUGAAAACAGCUUCUCCCCUUGAGGAAGAAGAAAGAGAAAUAAAACCUUCAAAAAGCUUGGAGGAAAAAUCCAAGUCCCCUUCCCCUCCUCGAUUGACUGAAGAUCUGGAGAAGGCCCCUGUUGUGCUACAACCAGAGCAAACUGCUAGUGAGGAGGAGACUCCCCCACCUUUACUUACCAAGGAAGCAUCUUCUCCACCACCUAAUACACAACUCCAGAGUGAAGAAGAAAUAGAACCCAUGGAAGGCCCAGCCCCUCCUGUCCUUAUUCAGUUGUCUCCUCCUAAUACAGAUGCUGAGGCCAGGGAGCUCUUACUGUCUCAGCAUACUGUGCAGUUGGUGGGAGGUCUGUCUCCUUUGUCAAGCCCUGCAGACACCAAAGUAGAAUCUCCAGUAGAGAAAGUGCCAGAGGAGAGUGUCCUGCCUCUAGUUCAGAAAAGCACACAAGCUGAAUCCUCAACCCAGAAGGGUCUUGAAACUGAAUCAGAAAAAUCAGCUCAACCACUCCCUCUAAAAAUCGAGGAAUUCACACUGGCCAAAGGGAUCACGGAGGAAUCUUUGGAACAGAAGGAAGGCAGGAGGGCUUCUCAUACUCUUGUCCCAAGCCACAGAUUGAAACGGUCAGCUGACUCAUCCUCUAGCCGAUCCUCCUCAUCGUCAUCCUCCAGUUCUAGAUCAAGAUCUCGCUCUCCUGACAGCUCAGGCUCUCAGUCUCAUUCACCUCCAAGAUCCAAGCAGAGAGAUGUAUCUCAGGCAGGUACUCAUUCCAACCCUCGUGGUAGACCCAAGAUGGGCUCCAGGUCAACAUCAGAAUCCAGGUCCCGUUCCCGUUCCCGUUCCCGUUCAGCGUCAAGCAACAGCAGAAAAUCUCUGAGCCCUGGAGUCUCCAGGGACAGCAGCACCAGCUACACUGAAACCAAAGAUCCCUCUUCUGGUCAGGAGGUUGCAACUCCACCAUUGCCACAGCUUCAGGUCCUUGAGCCAAAGGAGAGGACUUCCACCUCAACCUCUAUCCGAGUGAGGCGUAUGAGCCAACCUGAGCCAGCUGAAAAGCAUGUGACCCAGAGGUUACAGCCUGAGCGGGGGAGCCCAAAGAAGUGUGAAGCUGAAGAGGCAGAGCCGCCAGCUGCCACACAGCCCCAGACCUCAGAGACUCCGACCUCCCACCUACCAGAAUCAGAAAGGAUUCAUCACACUGUUGAGGAGAAGGAGGAAGUGACCAUGGACACAAGUGAAAACAGACCUGAAAAUGAGGUUCCAGAGCCCCCCAUGCCUAUUGCAGACCAAGUCAGCAAUGAUGACCGCCCAGAGGGCAGUGCCGAGGAUGAGGAGAAGAAAGAGAGCUCGCUGCCCAAAUCAUUCAAGAGGAAGAUCUCCGUUGUCUCUACCAAGGGGGUGCCAGCUGGAAACAGUGACACAGAGGGGGGCCAGCCUAGUCGGAAGCGGCGUUGGGGAGCCAGCACGGCCACCACACAGAAGAAACCUUCCAUCAGUAUCACCACCGAAUCACUCAAGGAGGCUGUUGUGGAUCUUCAUGCUGACGACUCCCGAAUCUCUGAGGAUGAGACAGAGCGUAAUGGUGAUGAUGGGACCCAUGACAAGGGGCUGAAAAUAUGCCGGACCGUCACUCAGGUGGUGCCUUCCGAGGGCCAGGAGAAUGGGCAGAGGGAAGAGGAGGAAGAAGAGAAGGAGCCUGAAGCAGAAGCCCCUGUACCUCCCCAGGUCUCAGUAGAGGUGGCCUUGCCCCCACCUGUGGAGCAUGAAGUAAAGAAAGUGACUUUAGGAGAUACCUUAACUCGACGUUCCAUUAGCCAGCAGAAGUCGGGAGUUUCCAUUACAAUUGAUGACCCAGUCCGGACUGCUCAAGUGCCCUCCCCACCCCGGGGCAAGAUCAGUAACAUCGUCCACAUCUCCAAUUUGGUUCGUCCCUUCACUUUAGGCCAACUGAAGGAAUUGUUGGGACGUACAGGAACUCUGGUAGAAGAGGCUUUCUGGAUUGACAAGAUCAAAUCUCACUGCUUUGUAACGUACUCGACAGUAGAGGAAGCAGUUGCCACCCGCACAGCUCUACAUGGGGUCAAAUGGCCCCAGUCCAACCCCAAAUUCCUCUGUGCUGACUAUGCUGAGCAAGAUGAGCUGGAUUAUCACCGAGGCCUCUUGGUGGACCGUCCCUCUGAAACUAAGACAGAGGAGCAGGGGGUACCACGGCCGCUGCACCCCCCGCCCCCGCCCCCAGCCCAGCCACCACAGCACCCCAGGGCAGAGCAGCGGGAGCAGGAGCGGGCGGUGCGGGAACAGUGGGCAGAGCGGGAACGGGAGAUGGAGCGGCGGGAGCGAACGCGAUCAGAGCGCGAAUGGGAUCGGGACAAAGUUCGAGAAGGGCCCCGUUCCCGAUCACGGUCCCGUGACCGCCGCCGCAAGGAACGCGCAAAGUCUAAAGAAAAGAAGAGUGAGAAGAAAGAGAAAGCUCAGGAGGAACCACCUGCCAAGCUGCUGGAUGACCUUUUCCGUAAGACCAAGGCAGCUCCCUGCAUCUAUUGGCUCCCACUGACUGACAGCCAGAUUGUUCAGAAGGAGGCAGAGCGCGCUGAACGGGCCAAGGAGCGGGAGAAGCGGCGAAAGGAGCAAGAAGAAGAAGAGCAGAAGGAGCGGGAGAAGGAGGCGGAGCGGGAACGGACCCGACAGCUGGAGCGAGAGAAGCGGCGAGAGCACAGCCGGGAGAGGGACAGGGAGAGAGAGAGGGACAGGGAGCGGGACAGGGGAGAUCGAGAUCGGGAGAGGGACAGGGACCGGGAACGAGGCAGGGAGAGGGACCGCAGAGACACCAAGCGCCACAGCAGGAGCCGGAGUCGGAGCACACCUGUGCGGGACCGGGGUGGGCGCCGCUAGCCGCUAGCCGGGAGAACACUAGGGAGAGCUGCAGGCACCGGCCACCCUGCCCCAGGGGGCUUCAAGGCCACAGAGGGAUAGGUACAAUCUCCACCACCCUGGAACCAGGGGUCUUUCACACCAUUUGCCCAGUGCUGAAGUCUGGCUGCCACCUGUCCCCACAUACCAAAUGGAGCAGUGGGCAUCUUCCCACCCUACCCCCAUAAUCUAUCUCUUGGGACUUAGCCCUCUCCUCCCUCUCAUUUCCCAUUAAGUCUGUGAGAGGGAGGAGCUAUGUUAGGGAGGGAGGUGGUUGGCCCAGAGCUGGGGAACAGCCAGGAGCCCCAAACCUCUCUCUCGUUUUUCCUCCAUCCUGCUCACCACCUCCUUUGGUACUUGCACCCCCCUUUUGGGAACAGCCGGGGCCAGGACUGGGUCACCUAUGAGCUGAAUCAGCAUCUCCUCCUGAGUCCCAGGGCCCCUGCAGUUCCCAGUCUCUUUGGUCCUGCAGCCCAUGCCUCCUGCCCACCGGUUCCACUUUAUAUCCACCUUUUCCUUUUGUUCAAUUUUUAUUUUUAUUUUUUUUAUUAUUAAAUGAUGUGGUCUAUGGAAAAUAAUAAAAUUGACUUAGUUUUAA